CCGCAAGCAGCUGUGCUGCGGAUAGUCUACUUACUCAUCGCGCUAGGCAGAGCACGCAGUGUCGCACCCCAUAGAAAAGCACCAACCUCCGCCAAACCAAACCAGCGUCGAGAAGCGCUUCUUGUCGCAGGAGCUUCUUGUCGCAGGAGCUCUCGCGGGCUCACUUGGCUGCAGCAGCGUGAGCAUCUGGUGCUGGCAGUCCAAUACUCAGCGACUCUGGAGGCCUCCGACUGAACGCUCGGGCCCAACAACGUCGUAAGGGUUCUGCUCCGCAAGCGUGGCAGGCUGCCGCGAUGGCUUCGGGCUAUGUGGCUGCAAGGGAGGCCAUAGAUAAGCUGCUUGCGGAUGUGGGCGGCCUGCUGGCAGACCUUACGAGUGCAGAGACGCCCGACUCAGAUGCAGAGGCCGAGGACGCCCGGCGAGUUAUAGAUGCCCAGGUCUCCAAGUUUUGGCAGGGCUACUAUGAGCUCAAACGGCGCCACGACGAGUCCGCGCUAUCAGUUGCAGUGCUGGCUCUUACCAAGUCGGGCAAAUCCACGCUGCUCAACUCGCUGAUGGGCAUGCACGUGCUGCCCAUGAACAACGUGCCGGAGACGGCGCGCAUCACCCGCAUCCGGCACGACCCGGCAGCCAAGGAGCCCACGCUGAGGGAGGGCAUGGCGGCGCCGCCCUCCGCCUCGACCGGCGGAGCCGGCGGCAGCACCGGCACCGGUGGUUGGGGCGGCCGCGGCCGGAGCCGCGGCAGCGGUGAGGGCACGGUGGUCCGUGGCGAGGCGGCGGUGCGGGCGCGGCUGCAGCAGCUCAACAGCGCCGCCCGCACCAGCAGCGGCCCGCUGUCGCCGCGGCCGUCAGCCGGCCUGGGCCUGAGCGGCGACGGCAGCAGCAGCAGCAGCUGUGGCGGGCAGCAGCAACAGCAGCAGCAGCUGCUACUGCCAGAGGGUCUGGAGGAGCUGUUGGGUGGCGGUGGCGGUGGAGAUGCGGUGGGGGUGGCGGUGGCGGCGGGGCCGGUGGGUCCUCCCGCCUCGUCUUCUGUGCUGGACAUCACGGCGCCGCUGAUGGGGCUGGAGGGGUGGGGCGCGGAGAUGGGCCGCGUGUGCCUGCUGGACACGCCCGGGCCCAACGAGGCCGGAGAGGAGCAGCUCAAGCACCAGGUGGAGCGGCUGCUGGAGGGCGUGGACUGUGUGCUGUACCUGCUGGACUACACCAAGCUCAAGACGGCGGAGGAGGAGGGCCUGUUCAGGCGCCUGAGGGCCAUCAACCCGCAGCUGGUGGCGCGCCUCAGCAGCAGGCUGUUCUUCAUCGUCAACAAGGUUGACGCGUGUGAGACCAGCGAGGGCCUGGACCCGGACCAGGUGCGCGACUACGUGGCGGACCUGGUCACACGUCAGCUGGGCGGCGCGGCGGCGGGCGGCGGGGCAGCAGCAGGAGCAGCCGGCGGCGGCGGAGGAGGAGCGGGAGGUGGCAGUGGAAGUGGCAGUGGCGGCGAGGCGGCGGGGGAUGUGCUGCUGCAGCGCAGCACCAGCGGCGGCGCCGGCAGCGACGCCGGCGCGGCGGCGUUCCGUCUGCACCCCGACCAGGUGCUGCUGCUGUCCGCCCGCAACGCGCUGCUGGCCCGCCUGGUGCUGUCCGGCCGCGCCAGCCCCGACGACCUCAAGCGCUUCCACCGCCUGGCCUUCGGAGCCUUUGGCGGCGGCUUCGGCGGCGGCAUGGGCCGCGGCCCGGUGGCCGCCGGCCCCAGCGCGGAGGCGGUGCGGGCGGCCGCGGGGUGCCUGCUGGAGGGCAGCGGCGUGUGCGAGCUGGAGGGGCGGGUGCUGUCGUUCCUGGCGGCGCACGCGGGCGCCGUGAAGCUGCUGGCCACAGCGGACGACCUCACACGGCUGCUGGGGCAGGUCCGCAACGUGGCUCUGGCCUGCCGCAGCUGCCUGCAGCGCAACGUGGCAGUGCUGCAGGCGCAGGCGGGCGCGCUGCGGCGGGAGCUGGACGAGGCGGCGGCGGCCUUCGAGGAGGUGCGCGGCCGCGCCGACGCCGUGCAGAGCGAGGUGGUGGGAGAGAUCAAGUCGCACCUCAACACGCUGCGGCGGCGGCUGUUCACACAGAUCGUGCAGACCCUGGACACGGACACACACGCGCCGCCGCCGCCCGCCCGCGCCUCGGCGCCCGCCACACGCUGGUUCCGCGUGCGCGACAAAUUCCUGUCCAUGUUCACCGCCGCCAGCAGCAGCCUGCCGCCCGGCUCCGGCCCCAGUGCGCUGGUGCCGCAGGCCCGCAGCCGCAGCCGAGACGAGCUGGCGGCGCUGCUGCUGGACCUGCACGACGACCUCAUGAACCAGAUCCACGGCGAGGUGUCGGACUUCUGGGGUGUGCUGGAGGCGUGCGCCGCCAGCCGCCACGCCGAGCUGCUGUCCGCACUCAACACACACCUGGCCGCACUCAGCAGGCGUGUUGAGGGCGCGGUGAGUGAGGCCCUGGAGGUGCGGCUGGCGCCGGCGGACAUCCGGCUGCGGCCGCCCAGUGCCGAGGAGCUGCACAGCGACGUGGCGGAGCUCAUCGAGAGGGGCAUCCGCGAGUCCAACGAGAAGCACAUCCGGGUGGGCACCCGCACCACCACCGAGCGCGUGUUCCGCCAGCCCGCGGGGCCGCCCAGCCUGUGCCGCUGGGGCGGCUACUGGGUGGACGUGCCGCGCACCCGCACCGUGGUGGAGACCUACAGCGCCACCGUGUACUGCCUGAGGCCGGACGAGAUCGCCAACCACUUCAUCGGCCUGGUGGACGGCGCCGUGAGUGCGAGUGAGGCGGCCCUGGGCGCCUACGUGGCGGCGCUGGUGGAGGCGCAGCUGGCGGCGGCCAGGGAGCGCAUCCGCGAGUACGGCGACAGGUACCUGGGCGCUAUGAACGCCGCCCUGGCCGCCUCGGCCCGCGGCGCCGAGUUCCGCGGCGCGGCACUGGCGGCCGUGGACGGGUACGUGACCAGGCUGGAGCAGCUGACGGCGCGCGCGGCGGCGGCGCAGGCGGGCGCGGAGGCGGCGGUGCCGGGCGCGGCGGCGGGGCUGUUGGAUGAGGUGGAGGUGUACGAAGACAUGGAGGAGGAGGAGCAGCGGGAGGAGCGGCGGGAGGAGCGGGAGGCGGAGGCGGCUCCGCCGCCGCCGCCCGAGCUGCAUGAGCUGGAGGCGGCGGCGGCGGCGGCGGCGUCAGCUGUUGCAGCGGCGGCGGCGGCGGCGGCGGCUGAGGUGGACCUGCUGCUGCCUGAGGUGGAGCAGGAGGAGGAUGCGGUGGUGGCGCAGGUGGCGCCGGACGACGUGGCGGCUGCCGGCACGGGUGCGGACCAGUACGGAGGUGAGGAUGCGGACCCGGACGACGACGAGCGCGUGUGCGCGCAGCCGAUGGCGGCGGCGUCGGAUGUGCUGGGCGCGGCGCUGGAGGCGGAGCUGGAGGCGCUGUACGGCGGCGCGGCGGGCGGCGGCGGCGGCGGCGUGGAGGUGGAGAGCCACGAGGAGCAGAUGCGGCAGCUGUCGGCGGCGCUGUCGGCGGCCAUGGCCGACUCCGUGUUCGCGUCGCCGCCGGCAAUGCCGGAGGCGGCAAUGCCGGAGGCGGCGGUGCCGGAGGGGGCGGUGUCGGAGGCAGUGGAGGCGGUGCCGGAGGAAGCGGCGGUGGCGGAGGCUGGUGAGGAGGCCGAGGCGGCGGCGGAGGCGGAGGGCGCGAUACCCGACAUCGAGGACCUGGAGCGCCAGGGGCAGGAGGAGGAGGAGGAGGAGGGGCUGGAGGGCUGGUCGGUGGGGCAGUCGGGGCAGGGCUCGGAGAUGGUGGUGGUGGCAGAGCCGGAGGCGGAGGAGGAGGCGGCCGAGGCGCCGGCGUCGGAGCCGGCAGAGGCGCCGCCGCAGCUGCUGCAGGUGCAGCAGGAGGCGCACGCGGGGCCGGCGGCGGAGGCCGAGGCGGCGGCACCAGACCAGGAGGUGGCGGCGGCGGUGCCGGCGACUGAGGCUGUGGCUGUGCUGGCGGCCGAGCCGCCAGCGCCGCCGAGCUCGCUGCCCGCCGCGCCCUCCAUGUCUUCGUCCACCUACACAGGCGCUCCGUUUGACUACAGCCGCGCCUUCAUCGAGGCCAUGUCCUCCUCUGAGAUGGGCUCAUCGCUCGGCCCCACAGCACCCGGCACCGGUGCCACUGCGCCGCGCGAGCCGCUGACCAUGAUCCCGUUGACCUCGGCCUCCGAGGGCGGCGCCGGGGCACGCGCAGGCGCCGGCGGCGCCGACAGCCCCCGCAGCGCGGCGAGCAGCGGCGACUGGCAGCUGGUGGGGGCGGCGGGUGAGGAGGAGCUGGAGGCGGUGGAGGGGGAGCCGGCGGGACCCACCGCUGCGGCUGGUGGUGGUGCGAAGUGAAAGAUGCCUGGGUGGUGAGGAGGAAUGGGUGGAGCUGAUACUGUGAUACAACUUUGUACUUUUGCGGCUAGACACAACAGUCUGCAGCAAUCAGGUGCUUCUCAGCAGGAUUGCAGGCUGAUUGUAAGGCGCGUCGGCUCGUUCGGAGCAUGACGCUCAGCCCGGGGCAUGGGCUAAGUUCGGAGCAAGGAGGGAGAGACAUGCUGUCCGAGAGCCUAUUGUUCCUGGCGGCUACUUCUGUACAAUACAAUUGGAUGUACAUUUGCUGCAAGGCUGGCGGCGUGUCAGCAGUCAGCUAGUUGCUGGUUGCGCGAGAUAGGUACCAUAAGUUUGCGUAGCUGUGUGCUUCUGCGUGUCCAGUCACCCCGAGGAAGCUGAUGUUGGCAAUACCGCAGUACGCAGUGAGACGGGCAUGGCGAUUGACGCUCACGCAAGAGCCGGGGAAUGCGUGUGUUAAUUGAGUAAAGACUGUGUUGUGCAGGGCCCUCGUACGGCAUUGCUGCACCUUAUGUUUCCUUACCACCACGCGCUGUCAUGCAACCGGUUCUUCCCAUCCACACGGAUUGCAUCACGUUGUAUUCGUACCCUUUUCUGUAGCUACGUGUCUAGACUUUGCGACUAGACUGUAAGAAUGAGCGACUAGCGAGGUUGUAUCAUACAUUGGGGCUAUGCAACUGGCUGCAACGGCGUUACUGGAGUGCCUGAUUCCCAGCCAGUAUCUAGGAACGUGUGGCGCCAGAUGGUGAGAUGGCACAGCUGUGCAUGGCGACACGGCGCCUCCCCAUUAUUACGGUGUAAUAAAAGAGCUGC